UCAAUAGUUAUUCGUAUUCAUAUUCUUAAACAAAAGUGAGAAGAAUGAAAGUUGUACUUUUCGCUGCAUUAGCUGUUUGCGCUAUAAGCGUAACGCAAGGAACUCAAUUUCUAUCGCAAUGUAACGACGGAGAGGCGCAGGACGCGUGCGCGGCAAGAGUCGCAGCUCAAUUUCAAAACCAAUGUGUCCAAGUCAUCCCCGGCGAUGCGGUCUCCGUAUUGACAUGCGAUACUGCAAAUUGUGGAGAAAAUACGAAAUUGGUCGAAGGAGAUAAAACCAAACCUUAUCCCAGUUGUUGCCCAACUUGUGCUAUCGUCGACCCAAGCAAACCGGCACAAUCCACAAUAGUUGGUUAAUUUAUUCGAGUAGAAAAUUAAUCUCUUUCUUUUCAAAGGAAACGAAUCGUCAUGAUUGGAAAAUAAAUAAUUUUAAAAAAUGCA